AUGAACACUCUCGAAGAUUCAAAAUGCGGAUGGCUCACUAAACUCGGUGGUAAUGCUUUACGUAAAUCAUGGAAGCGUCGCUGGUUUGUACUCAGAGACAGCCAUCUAUAUUACUAUCGCAAUCAGACCGACAAAGACCCAUCCGGUGUUAUUCCUCUCGUUUCAUACAACACGGUCACUCACGACUCUAACGUAACAAAGAAAUCUGCCAAUUGCAUCCGCAUCGAAAAAGUAUUUCGUUCAUCAGACUCUAUCAGCUCUACUCAGAGCCAUCGCAACUACAAACCACCCCCCACGUUCCUUGCCUUUGCUGACACUGCAGCCGAGAUGCAAUCAUGGUUGGAGAUCUUGCAAAGACGAGUUGGAGAGAGAAAUAUAGUUGACAUCGUUUUGGAUAGACUGGAUCUACAUUCAAACAAACAUGGAAGACAUAACAGUAUUAGUUCAUACAACGACACCGCCUCCACACUGUCUUCACGUCCGUCUAUAGAUUCUUUAAACUUGGAAACGCCAUCUCUCGGAUCUCGCGAUUCUCGCAAGAGCUCAUUCGAAUCAAUCCACCGCGAUAUCAUGUCAUACUCCUCACGACCUGAGACUCCAACCAGUAAUUUGGCUCUUGGUAUUGGGAUCCCUAUCCUUCGUAAACCAAUUUCGUACUCUUGCUUACAAGAAAGGAGAAUCACGUCAUCCCAUAUCAGGAAUUUGUCUUUCACGGUCAAGGAGGGAAAUGUUCCUCACACUAGUGCUCCAACGAUCAUGGUACAUGAUGAUGAUGAUUCGAAAACAGGAACAACAGUACAAAAGGCAGUUGUAGUGGAUGAAAAGUCUACGGAUACGUUGGUGCCCGAAACCGAGGCAGGAUCCCCAUCUACCCCAAUGACUAAUAUUUUCCCAAGCCAUUUGGCCUAA